GGUAACUUUGUAGCCCCACGCACUAUAAUUAAAACCCUAACAGCAAUCAUCACUCACUCCACCAAACUCUGCUUCGGCCUCUAUAUUUCUCUCUCGAUAAACACUAUUUGUUUCUUCAAUUUCUUCCUCUGUAACCAUGUCUUGCUAUAAGGGAAAGUACGCCGAUGAGCUCAUUGCCAAUGCUGCAUACAUUGGGACCCCUGGAAAGGGUAUCCUUGCUGCUGAUGAGUCGACUGGCACAAUUGGCAAGCGUCUAGCUAGCAUCAAUGUCGAGAAUGUUGAGACAAACAGGAGGGCUCUACGUGAGCUUCUUUUCACCACUCCUGGUGCUCUUCAAUACCUCAGUGGUGUUAUCCUCUUUGAGGAAACACUAUAUCAGAAGACUGCAACAGGAAAGCCAUUUGUUGAUGUCAUGAAGGAGGCUGGAGUCCUCCCAGGGAUUAAGGUCGACAAGGGUACAGUGGAGCUAGCUGGUACCAAUGGUGAGACCACCACCCAAGGUCUCGAUGGCCUUGCUCAACGCUGCCAGCAGUACUAUGCAGCUGGUGCUAGGUUUGCUAAAUGGAGGGCUGUUCUCAAGAUUGGUCCUACUGAGCCAUCACAGCUUGCAAUCAAUGAAAAUGCCAAUGGCCUAGCCCGUUAUGCCAUCAUCUGCCAGGAGAAUGGUCUUGUACCUAUUGUUGAGCCCGAGAUCCUUGUUGAUGGUUCCCAUGAUAUCAACAAGUGUGCUGACGUGACUGAACGUGUUCUUGCUGCUUGCUACAAGGCACUUAAUGAUCAUCACGUCCUCCUUGAGGGAACUUUGUUGAAGCCUAAUAUGGUUACCCCAGGAUCUGAUUCUGCCAAGGUUGCACCAGAGGUCAUUGCCGAGCACACAGUUCGUGCCCUUCAACGCACAAUGCCUGCUGCAGUUCCUGCUGUGGUGUUUUUGUCUGGUGGGCAGAGCGAAGAGGAGGCUACACGAAAUCUUAACGCGAUGAACAAACUGAAGACCAAGAAGCCAUGGUCCCUUUCUUUCUCUUUUGGGCGUGCUCUGCAGCAGAGCACCCUCAAGGCUUGGGCUGGAAAGGAUGAAAACAUUGGGAAGGCUCAGGCUGCAUUCCUUGCAAGGUGCAAGGCCAAUUCCGAAGCAACCCUUGGAACUUACCAGGGUGGUGCAUUGAGUGAGGGCGCCUCUGAGAGCCUUCACGUCAAGGACUACAAGUACUAGGCCAAACUUCUGCAUCCCUCAAUCUUUCCGCUAUAUUAUGGAGGGCAAUCGGGCAAUAUGUAAUUUUUAGGCUUUUUUUUUUUUUUUUUUUCUACCCCUUUUUCUGUCUUUAAGACUUGUUUUGAAAUGUUAUAAUAAGCUUGAGGAAUGUCAGCACUGUGAGAUUUGAGUUGUUUAUUUUUGUUUUUGAUUAAAAGGCUGCUUUUUGCAUUUGUUGCUGAUGACUUUAAAUCGUAUCCAACUUUGUAACAUUUAAUGAAGCUAUACAGGUUUAACGCGUC